CGCCAAAUUUUGUAAAAGAGUUCGGCCUUCCGUAGAGAAGUUUCGUCUUUUCCUUACCAGAUGUAGCACUAAAACAAACGAAAACUUCAUCGGAACUGCCAAAAAUAUGUUAGGAAGGCCACAAUUUUAGUUUGCUCUGGGUAUGCCGCCAUUGGGGUAAGAAUGUGAAUACUGGACGGGAUUGUAAGAGUCUUAACACAUCCCAAAGGAGGGCAGAUCAUUGUUGGUGCCAACGACCUGCAGAAAUGGGAAUCCAAGGCCUUCUUCCAUUACUAAAGCCUAUCCAAAAGCCCGUCUCCAUCGCUGAGCAUUUCGCAGGUCAAGUCAUUGGGAUAGAUGCCUACUGCUGGCUGCACAAGGGAGCUUAUGGCUGCGCUAUGGAAUUGGUUGAAGGAAAGAAAAGCUCCGUGUAUGUUAAUUACGUUUUGAAGCGUGUUGACAUGCUGCUACAUUUCAAUGUCAAACCAAUUCUGGUUUUUGAUGGAUCAUACCUUCCCUCCAAAGCUGGACAGGAGGAACGACGAAGGAAGACAAGACAAGAAAACAAGGCGAAAGGACUGGCUUUUCUACGGGCUGGAAACAGGCAGCAGGCUCUAGACUGCUUUCAGAAGUGCGUGGAUAUUACUCCAGAUAUGGCCCUUGAAGUCAUAAAGGAAUGUCGUAAGAAGGGCGUGGACUGUAUUGUGGCACCUUAUGAGGCAGAUGCUCAAUUAGCAUAUCUGAUGAAAUCAGGUCUAGCUCAGGCUAUUAUAUCUGAAGAUUCUGAUUUACUUGUCUAUGGAUGCCAGAAGGUCAUCUUCAAGAUGGAUGUUAAUGGUCAUGGCUUAGCAGUGGAUCUGGCUGAUCUUUCCAAACUAACAAAGCUCAAACUACAUGAAUUCACCCAAGAGAAGUUCAGACACAUGUGCAUUCUGUCAGGUUGUGAUUAUCUGCCAUCUGUCAAGGGCAUUGGUCUACAGACAGCAAUUAAACUGCUGUGCAAAUCAUCCAAUGUUGAAAAGCUGAUCAGAUCUCUCAGAACUGAAACAAAGAUGCAUGUCCCUGAUGAUUAUGAGAAGAACUUCAAGCAGGCAGAGGAGACAUUUUUGUACCAGCUUGUUUUUGAUCCUGUUUCUAUGAAUCUGGUUCCUUUGAGUGACCUGCCAGACGGAUUGAAACCUGGUGACCUGGGCUUUGCUGGUCCACUAAUGACAAGAGAAAAAGCCUUGGGUAUUGCACUUGGUAAUAUUAACCCCAUCACAGGUGAAAUGAUAGCAGAUUUUGACCCCAAAAAGAUCAAGAUUAUUGACCUGGGAUCUGGUAACAAAUUGGACGAAGACUCUCAAUCACGUGCUCUCACCCCAGUCUCUAUGUCCUCCUUUGGCCAUGCCGUCAUAAGUAAGAGAGGGAAGACUGAAUACGAUGUGCAAAAAAACCUCUCUGGGUUGAUGCUCAAUUCAACGUCAUCGGCGAAAACCAAGAAACCUUUCGUGCCGCCAGGACUUAAACGGAAGAUUGAAGAAGAAAGUGUUGAUGACCACUCACUUCUCAAUAUGUACACUGUUUUGAAACCCAAGAAUGUCAUUCCUCGUGCUCAGGGAAAUUUCCAACGCACGAAACCUGGUGCUUUGUCAUGGAACGGGACGAAAAAGUCCAAGUUCAAAAACCCUUUUAAAAUCAGCGAUCAGCGGGUUGAGGCGCAAGAUGAAGUUAAAAUUAGCAGGUACUUCAAUAUCACUGGAAAUCAGCUGGAAUCACUGAAGUAUUCAGCAAACGCAACAGAGGGCAGUCCAGCUGGUGGAACAAAUUUGGAUUCCGAAAACACUGAUGAGUUAUCCUUGACAGGUGAAUCACGGCCUGGAGGUAGUGUUACUGCCUUGAUACAGAACGUGGAUGAACACUUAUUUCAGUGUGAAGGAGAAAAUUCUGUGGUGAUUAAUAAAAUGGAACAGAACAAGGAGAAUUAUUCAAAAAGGGAGGACGAUUCUUCUUCUAAACUGUGCAAAAUUGAAUAUUACAAAACUGAAAGCAGGGAGGAAACUACUCUUCACAACAGCGACUAUUCGCAAACCCGUUCUCCUAAAAAGCUGUUAUGCCAGGGCGUGUUAACGAACCAGUCAUUAAAUAUAAGCUACGACCACAAAGAUGAAUCCCUAGAAACAAAAUUAAGUGAACGUUUUAGCUACAAACGAUUUCAAAGGCCAACAAAACUUAUUGAUAACACAACAGAGCCCUUAUCGAGGGAGGAAACUGUGUCUAAUGACAGUAGCUUUUCACGAUCAGUUGAGGUGAUACGUAUCGACAGUGGGUACAUGUCAGAUACGGAGAUGAGUACAGAUGGUGACACACCCACCUCUACUCAGUCAGUUAUCAGGGGCCAAACUACACCCUCCACGAGCAGAAAUUUUUCGCUUUUACAAGGCAGUGCUGUUGGAUCCAAGACAACGAAGAAGCAGAUUCGGCUGAAUUCUAAAGCAGGUCUUAGAAGUACUGGACUCGGCAGAUGCCGCUCAAUAGGAAUUUCAAAAAAGAAAACGAAACUCAAAGAUUCGCCGGACUCUGCUGGAUCGUCGUCUUUGUUGAGUUAUUUUGAGUUCGACAGGCGGAAGAAACCAAGACUCAGUGAUGACAGCUGACAUGUGUGUUUCUCGAGCGUGAUGUAGUUAUAACCAAAUUCAUGCAUGGUUUUCCUGGCAGAGGGCUUCAUAGCAAUCAAAGAUGAUGUGGAAUGCUGUUGUAGAACCUUAUGAAGAGAAAUGUGGGAAACUCGUGGUUAAUGUCUGUCUCUAAACUACGAAC